GAAGCGUCUUUACUCUAAACCAAAACAAACCUUUGCAAGUCAUGCGAGAAUUGGUACGGGAGCGACGCUAGUUGGAUACAAGAUGGCCAGCAAUUAUGUAGAAGAAGAAAUAAAAGAAAAACUCAGAAGUAAACUUAACCAAGAGAAAGUGAAACUAUGGCUUUCUCCAUACACAGCAGAAGAUGGCUCUAAAGGAUCCAGUCUAGAUGAGCUGUCAACAAGAUAUGCUGUAGAGUGCAAUCUAUCAGUUGACAAAGUUUGCUGUGUUCUUGACGACUUAAGACUGCAUGCACUGGAGAAACUUGCAUCCAGAAAUAAAUUUCAGCAAACAGGAAUAGCAUCACUGAAAGUAAAACUUGCUGGCAAUUUUCAAAAGGAGGCAAAUAAUGGCACAAGAGAAAACAAAUAUACAGUAGAAAUUCCUCUACAUGAGCGAGGAGAGAAUUUAAAACAGCUUAUUUCUAAAAGAAGUGGCAUUAAUUUGUCACAUGUGAAACUCAUUAGUAGUGGGCGUGUGAUAGAAGACGGAAGUUCUUUACAGGAACAAGGCCUUAAGAAUCAAAGUCUGGUCAUGGCUAUAUGUCUCACUGAGGCAGAGGCUGAGGCCAGAGUGCAGCAGGAGCAGCUGCUGAAGGUUUCUAGGACAAGAGAAGCAGCAGAGAUAUUAGCAUCAAAAGAUGAUGCUGGAGAUGGCCAUGAACCCUUCCUUCAAAUAGCAGACCAGGCUGGGAAGUCUUUGCAGCUACCACCAGAGGAAAGAAAGGCCUUGACUCUAGCAAUGACUCUUCAUGAGAAGGGCAAGGCAGCUAUCAAAAGAAAACAAUAUGGAGAAGCAUUACUGCUGUUACUAGAGGCAGACAAAGAGUUCAGAAAGUGUAACUCUGAUAUCCUGAAUGCAGUGGACAACUAUGCAAUUCUUUGCCUGGAUAUUGUAUGGUGUUAUCUGUGCUUGCAGAGUGUUAAUGACUUGCCUGAUGCAGAAUCGAGGCUUCUGGCUUGUGAAGAUUGUUUCAAUAGGAGCUAUGGACAGAAUUUGGAGAGGCUGGCAGUUGUCAAGGGUGAAAUAGGAUCUGUGCUUGCCUUGUUUAUGCGACUUCAUCUUCUGCAAGGUAUAGUGGCUUAUCAUCAACACAAAAGACAUGAGGCCAUCACAUUGUUAAAUAAGGCAGAAAAAGAACUUCAAAGACUUGCAGUGGAUGAUGAAAAGAUUGCAGAAGUUGUUUCUAUGGGUUUUACACCUCAAGAAGCCAGACUUGGAUUGAGAGGCAGUAAUGGAAGUGUAAGCACAGCAGUUGCGUAUAUUAUGAAGAAGAAAGAAGAAAAGAAAAAAAUGAGGCUUAAGGAGAAGGAGGAAAGAGAAAAAAGAAAAAAGGAAAAGCGUUUAGGAAAGACGGCCAGUGGGGAGAGUGUCAGUGUGGAUGUCUAUGAAAUGUUAUGUUCUAUGGGAUUUCCACCUGGAGCUGCAGCUGAAGCUUUGAGACAGACAAAUAACGACAUAAAUAUGGCAAUCCAGACAUUGUCAACACAGCCAGAACUCCUUCAGCUUCCUGAUCCUGUGAAUCCAGACAUAGAAAUUACAGAUGAACUCAUUGCUCAGGUCACUAGUAUGGGGUUCAGUGCUGACACAGCCAGGGAAGCCUUGAAGAGGUCCAGUGGGCAGGUGGAAAGGGCUAUAGAGGAACUGUUGAACUCAGGUGGGAUCCUGUCUGCCUCACCUGUCACCCAGUCUUCUGAUCAACAGGACACUUCUGAACCAGGUCCAAGUUCAAGCAAGAAAACUCCUGAAGAACUUCAGAGAGAGAAAGAUGCAAUAGACUCUAUCAUUCCGGAUAUCCCAGAAAAUGAAGAAGAUUACUUAGAUUUGAGCUCUGAAGAGGAGUUACAGUUUUUGGAACAGUACAAGGCUUUACUGAACUCGUUAUAAUGGGAUGGGGACAAAACUGGACACUUGCAGAAGCUUUCCUGAAAAGCCAUUACGCCCUUGUAGGAUUUUCACAAGUAUUUGAAAACUUAUUUUUGUUAAAAAUCUAUGCAAAUUUUUUCUUUGAAUUUUCUACCAUUUGAUUAGACUGCAUUUAAAAAAGUAAUUUGAAAUAUUAGGGUUUGUAGAAGAGCUUGUCACAUAUUUUCAACUCACCUGGCAAUUUUUUAUUUAUAAAUUUUAUAAACAGACAUACCCCAUGUAUGUCUGUUUAUACUCUGAUCACUUUGUAUGUCUGCAAUUGCUCUUGGAUACAUGUUGUUUAAACUACAACUGGUAAACACUAUUUUUGUUUUGCUUUUAAUUUUUGGGUGGAUUUGUUUGGUUAAAAGGCAGGUUCCUUUAAAAUCAUAAUGAUUUGAUUAUUUUUACAAUUAAAGUUUUUUUUCCUGUUUAGUGUCUGUAUCUUUGCAAGCUUUGCUGUUUAAUCAUACUUUAUAUCUUCAAUGUUUGAUAAUUUGAAUACUGAGAUGAUAGAAACAUAUGAAGAUAAUUCAUAUAUUUUCAUCAGGUUUUUCUUGUGUAUGAACAUGUCAAUUAAUAGGCAAUAACAUUUUUAAUUGUUAACUGAUUGUUAGUUAAGAUGUUACCUGAAAGUAAUAACAAUAAAGUUAUUUUAAAAAUCA